AUGCACUCACACAAGGGAGUUUCAUUAAUCCUCCACAAAAAAGUUUCACCACCGACCUCUCCUUCCUCACCCUCCUCGCCUUUCUCUUCUCACAAAUCUACUUCACUUGUUUGUUAUAAAUCAAGUCAAGAGUACGUCGGUCCUCACGCAGUAUCUCCGGUCGUGGACUACGUGCGUUGGCUAGAUCUAUGCGAGUCGUCUGAUGAGUCCGCUGAAAUCUUUGCGAUAUUUCCUCACAAAGUUAUAUUGAGAAUUUUCCAAGAACUGGAUUUUACCGAUAUUGUCUCAUUUUCUAUGGUCAGCAGAAGAUGCAUGACUCACACUCUGGACCCUUCGUUCUGGCAUUCCAUCCUAAAACGAGAUUGGAAAGACUGGCGAGGAUAUUCGGAGGUAUUGAAACAAUAUAAUAUUGCUCCGAUAUGGAACGGGAAUAUCAAAUCCACCGAGGAAGAUACUUUGGCUUUAAAACAUGCCUACUUGACAUUAGCCACAUGUAAACUCCCACUAGCCGAACGAAGAGAUUAUCUGGAUUCAACGGGUAGUUGGUGGGCAAAAGAUGAAUUCAAGUUGGUCAACUCAAAAGAAAGUGAAUUUGGUAAAGUCAUCAAACAGAAAACAAAAUUAUUCCAGUGCUCAGUGUCAUUGAAAUAUCCCCCGAAGGGCUGGUAUGACGUUGUGUGGCGAAUGAAAAUUGAUAAACUCGUGGGCGAACCAGAGUUUGGAUUUAAUACUACGGUCGAAACGAUGGACAUUCGAAACAAAAAUCCUUCCAACGAUCGCUAUAGCUAUGUCGCUACGAAACAAGAUUUCGCACAGGUGAUCGGAAAGGGAUGGUUCUAUUUCGUACUUCCUUACGCAGUACUUGUGGAGCCCUACAAGACCGUGCGUAACCUGAAGGAAAUGAAGUUACGUAAGGCGAUGAAAAUUAAUUUUGAGUUCACGACCUUUAAUAAAAAUGCGCAGUGGGAUUUUGGUUCAGGACACGGAUUUACAAUCGAUUACGUAGCCAUAAGGCCUCAUAUCCAUUAUAACAUACCACGCGCAAAUCGAUAUUCAUCGGGUAGCAACUCUUCACAUAGUAGCUCGGACUCAGGUAUUGCAUGGAAAUCUGCGAGGAUGAUACAGAGAAGAGCAAGUGUGAUUUUAGGACCAAGAUGGUCUGCCAAAUUGCUUGAUUAG